UGAUAGAAUGACAUAGUGUCACUGUAUACAAGACCACACUCAAGUGAUAAGAACAACAUGAUACUUAUUUUAUCUGGACCCAAAGUUGAUUAACCAUGUACAAACAAAUCUAUUUAUAGUGAUUCAAUAUCACAUGGUUGUUUUGUCAUUGCCAUAAACAGUAUUUUUAACUGCAGUUUAAUUUUGAUUUUUGGAACAAUGUACACCUAACAAUGAACAAAAUGACAAAUUUCUGCAUAUUUUGCCUGCUGAUCCUUGCACCAUUUUCUGCAUUUGUCAGUGCAGGUGAAGAAAACCUGAUUUGGAGGAACACUUAUCAUCAGUUUGGCUAUGGUUUGAAAUAUCAGCCAGAAUCUCAACACAAGACAGUGGAAUAUAAUGAUGCUUUAGAUCUGUUACUAAGAAAUGGAAUAAAAUCUCUACUGAUGAAGAAAUCUCAAUACCUGAAAGGUGACUUUGCUGGGAAGAAAUCUCAAUACUUGACAGGAGACUUUGCUGGGAAGAAAUCUCAAUACUUGACAGGAGACUUUGCUGGGAAGAAAUCUCAAUACUUGACAGGAGACUUUGCUGGGAAGAAAUCUCAAUACCUGAAAGGUGACUUUGCUGUGGAUCCAAACAUGACAGCAUCUGCAGUCUGUAUGAACGACACAUUAACAAUGAUUCAGGAUAUAAUCAAUGGAACAACCUAUGCAUUUGAUAUGCUGGACUCCGAUGGCAAACCUGGAAGUGGUAUAAAGCAUGGAAACCUGAUAUGGACAGGUAACCAUCCACAGUGUAAACAAGCCAGGGGACCAGGUUUUAAUGGUCAGAUGUGUUCUGUUGUCACUAAUGCAGGCUACAGCCAGAUGAAUUUGCAUUUAAGUUUUGGAGCAUGCCUACCAGACUCUUGUUCUGAGACAGAUGUUGGACUAAUUGUUUUGGAUGCAUUGAAAGUUAUUGAUGAACAGUUAAAAGUGUUAAUAUACCCAAUUGGAGUGUCAUGUCCACAAGAUCUGAAAUAUGCUAGGAAAGAUAUAUUAGCCAUAGUAGUUUCCAGUAUCAUAGCUUUUGCUGUUGUCAUGGGAACAUUGGCAGACAUUGUUUACAUUUAUUUAGACAGUAGUAGUGACAAAGAUAAUGUUCAAGGAAGAUCUGAUAGUCCACCAAAUUAUAACAGUAUACCUGCCUCUAAUGUAAAUGUAAACGAUACUACAGAGAGAUUAGGACUUCUAUCAAAUAUACCCAAAAAUGAAGUUCUUUAUGGAGAAAUUCCACAAAGUUCAUGUAACUCUGUUGUGAGACAGAUCCUUCUUUCUUUUUCGUUAAUAACUAACACCAGAAAACUCCUAAACAUGUCCACAGCUUCUGGAUCACUCACAGCUAUCUACGGAAUGCGUGUUCUAAGUAUGUGGUGGGUGAUCUUAGGUCAUGUCUAUGGAUUUCUACCUUUCCUUUCUCUCGUAGGUGGUUCCAUUCCCAAACAGAUUUUGAUUGCAUUUUCCUUGAUCACAAAUACCAGAAAAUUGCUUAGUACAUCAACAUCAUCAGGCAACCUCACGGCGGUCAAUGGCAUGAGAGUUAUAAGCAUGUGGUGGGUCAUUUUAGGCCACACCUAUGUUUUUAACAUAGGACUGCUAGAUAAUGUGCUUGACUUCAUAGAGUUGAUUAAAAGAUUCUCCUUUCAAGGAAUAUUGAAUGCCACAUAUUCUGUGGAUACUUUUUUCUUCAUGAGUGGUUUACUUGUGGCAUAUACUGUGAUGAAAAAGCUACGGGAUGGAGGAAAUAUAAACUGGGCUAUGUUUUAUUUUCACAGAUUUUGGAGACUAACUCCAGUAUAUGCCUUUGCCAUUCUGAUAUGGACAACGUUAUAUAAACAUUGGAUAUGGAAUGGGACAUUUGCUAUGUCCAUGAGACAAACUGACCCCUGUGAUGACUAUUGGUGGACAAAUAUUAUUUAUAUCAACAACUUUCAUCCACAUUAUGGAAACAUAAAUAAACAGUGUAUGGGGUGGGGAUGGUACCUGGCUAAUGACAUGCAGUUUUACAUUUUGAGUCCAUUGUUUCUGAUACUUUUACACAAAAUGAAAUAUGUUGGACAUGGUGCUAUGUUGUUUUUCCUUACUGGUUGUCUGACAUCGAGAAUGAUAACAGCAGAUUACUACGGGAUGAGAUUACCCGGAAUUAACACACCAUUGAACCACACCCAUGAGGCUUGGGCUGAUUCCUCCCCGUUGUACAACAAACCUUACACCAGAAUAGCACCUUACCUAGUGGGCAUGUGGCUGGGAUAUUUACUGGUGAUAAACAGCAACAGAGUCAGAUUAGGAAAGGUAUAUUUAAAGUUACUGGUAGGAUGGUGUGUAGCCAUUACAAUAGGAAUAUCUAUCAUCUACGGGUUGUAUGGAUUUUACAAAGAUAUCCCAGUCACCCACCUCGGAAACAAAGCAGAAAGUAUAAUUUACAUCGGCUGUAGUAGAUUUGGCUGGAGUAUUGCUCUGGCCUGGGUCAUAUUUGUAUGUGCGACUGGACAUGGAGGACCAGUGAACACGUUUUUAUCAUGGAAGGUCUGGGCCCCUCUUGGUAGACUAACCUACUGUGCAUACAUAGUCCAUCCAGCUGUGAUAUUUUACUUUGGUACAACAAUGGAGAAGACACUACAUUAUACAGAUUUAGUCUUUGUACAACAGUAUAUUUCCUUGGUGGUUGUUUCUUAUUGUGUGGCAUUUGUUUUGUCUAUGACGGUGGAGGCACCAAUGCUAGGACUAGAGAAAGUUCUAUUUAAAAGAUGGUUGAAAUAGAAAUCAAGUACAACUAUUUUACCUCUGGACCAUAAUUUGAUACUUAUAGAUAAAUGAGUUGUAAUCUGAUUUUUAACAAAAAAGAUGAAAAACUUUAGAUCUUUACAGACCGUAUCAUGCUAUAUGGACAUAUUUUAUGUAUUAUAUUGGUACUGUUUCUAAAUAUUUUGGUGCAAGCACUAUUGAAACUACUCAGAGUUUUAGUGUUUAUUAUAAUUGUUAAAAUAUUUGAUCUGAAUAAUUUUUUGAGAAAAAAAGAAAUGAUUGAAAUAAUACAUGUGCAGUGUUGUUUUAUUUAAGUAUUGAUUUUUUAGGCAAAGCUUUGUAAUUUUUGUUUUUAGUUGGUUUGUCUGAGACAGGAAAAUGUUUAAAGAAGGAGACUUUUAAACAGUAAUACGUGAUAGAAUUAUAUAUUUAAAAUAUCUUUACAAAUAAUAUUUUUCGAAUACAGACCUGAACAUUUUUUUUUUUAAAUGUUAUGAUAGCAGAUAAGUAAAAUUUUAAAGAGUUAUCUCUCCUGAUUUUGAUAACUGCAUUUUGAUGUUAUUUUUGUAGUAAACAAUUUAUUUUUCAAGUCAUAAAUAUAUCCAUCUAUGUGUAGAAAUAUUUUGAUCCUAUUUAUUAUACAACAACGAAUUGUUUAAGAUUUUAUGCUGGAUGUAGCAAGUAGCAUAAUAUAUCUUUUUUGUUUGGAUAAAGUAAGAUUUUUGUUAUCGAUUUUUAUGUGUUAAUAUAAAUCAUUGUAGACAGACUGUAGAUAUCUUUUGGUUGAUUUCUUAUUGAUGUAAACUCCAUACACGUUUAUUCACUAUAUAAGCUGUGUCCUGAUUUUUUGUCAGAGUUGAGAUGAAGUUUAACUACAUGUUAACUACAUGUAGGCUCGAAAUGUGAUUAAUGCUUUUCCUGCCAUAUGUCCGACCUUAAAACCACUUGAACAUGUCUCUUGCAAAGAUCAGAAACCCAAAUAAUUUUUAGGUUAUUAGGUCAAAAGUCAAGGUCACAGUGCUAAUAAAUCAUUUCUUUUCUUAUAUGUGAUAGAUAUUUUUUCUAAUGAAUAGUAUUUAGAUUGCUAGAUCAAAGGUCAAGGUGACAGCAGCUUUAAUAGAUUUGAAAUCUGGGGAAAGUUUUAUUUUUUAUUAUUAACCUAUAUUUGAAUCUUAAUUGGUACUCCUGUAAUUGUAUAAAUGUAUUAAUGAUGUUUGUUUACUAAGGAAAACAAUUUUGUAAAUGUAAGCAAAUGCGAAUUUUCAAUUUUUUGGGUCAAUUCUUUCAGUCAGGGUUCCACCAAAUGACCUCAUGCACUGCAAUUGAACAUGAGACUUCCAAGAAGUUUCACAAUAAAGGUAUCAACAGUAUAUGAUUAAAGUUGUUUGAAGGAAGAAUCAUCUACCGGUAACAUUUGGAUAAUCUUUACAUAUUCACUUGGAUUAUACAUGUUAUAAAUAUCAUUGAUUAUUGUUGAUGUUUCUAUUUUUAUUAAUAAACUUUGUAUUUGU